UAUGUCGAAUGUAUGGUAGAUCCGAGAUGUACCUCGGAAAGAUGAAAGGUUAUACUUGCUGUGUGAAUAGUGUUUGAACUUUUGAUUUUAAUUGUCUUUGUGUAGUGAAUGAAAAAAUGAGUAACAUGAAAGAAAAUUCUGUUGUUCCCGUGAAAAAUGCGACAGCUGGCAAUACGAAACCGUAUGGAAAGAUCGUACUAACGUUACAAAAUUGUCUUCUACCCGAGGAGAAGCUUAACUCGACGCCGUCACAUUUGGAUGGAUUGGAUGCGGAAACAGAAACUGAUCUGCGAAUAUUGGGAUGUGAGCUAAUACAGAUAGCCGGUAUUCUACUGAAACUACCACAGGUUGCGAUGGCCACAGGACAAGUAAUAUUUCAACGAUUUUAUUACAGUAAAUCGUUAGUUAGACAUAAUAUGGAAACUACUGCAAUGGGUUGUAUUUGUUUAGCUAGUAAAAUUGAGGAAGCACCCAGACGCAUUAGGGACGUGAUUAACGUUUUCAAUCACAUAAAGCAAGUAUCUAGCCAAAAACCGAUACAACCAGUGAUACUGGAUCAAAAUUAUGUGGCAUUAAAAAAUCAAGUAAUCAAGUCAGAGAGAAGAGUUCUGAAAGAACUGGGGUUUUGCGUUCAUGUGAAGCAUCCUCAUAAAAUCAUUGUUAUGUAUUUGCAAGUAUUGGGUUACGAAAAGAACAAGGCUCUGAUGCAGCAAUGUUGGAAUUAUAUGAAUGAUUCGUUGAGGUCCGACGUGUUUUUGAGACAUCAACCAGAAACGGUAGCCUGCGCAUGUGUCUACUUGGGGGCCCGGCAGCUACAACUUCCACUACCCACCUCACCCGCUUGGUUUUCCCUUUUCAAAGUCAACGAAUCUGCCAUUAGAGACGUUUGUCGUCGCAUAUUACGGCUCUAUUAUCGACCUCGUGUUAAACCAGAACAGUUAGAAAAACGUGUUGAAGAGCUUCGACGACAGUAUGAAGAAGCUAGAACCAAAGCUAGGGGCGGAGACGUUGAUAGUCACACACCGAGUCCACCCCUGCCUAAACACCAUAACGCCUGGGGCGGUUUUAUCAGCCGUAGCGGUACACACGCGGCUCCCGAAAGAACAAAAUCCCCUAGGCGUUCAAAGUCUCCGAGUACAUCGCCCUCACGAGGUGAAGGAACGAAGCAUUCCAAGAGGAAGAAACAUAGCCGAAGUAGAUCCCGUAGCCAUAGUCAUGGCCGUUCCCGGAAACCGAAGAAAGCGCAGCGAAGGCGAUCCGGCAGUCAUAAAUCAUCACGUAGCCGAUAUAGAUCUCGUAGUCGAUCACGAGAUAGAGAUACCGAAAAAUCAAGUAAACAUCGCAGCAAACACAGACGGCAUUAAAUCGAUUCAGUGUACAAACAUUACUGUUUCAUAUUACAACAAAGACACUGCGAACUGCGUCUAGCAGUAGUUCUAUCCACUUUGUAAUAUAAUACGAGGCCUUUUUUUACCUCCGUUUCAUUAACAGAGAACUUAAAUAGGACGAUUAAUUUCUAUUGUGUGGUACAUAUCUUGAGUUUAUUUAAUAAUGCUAACUAUAGGAGUUGAGAAACGAAUCAUUUGUAAGAGUGUCCACUCGAAGUACCUUGUAAAGAAUGAAAGGAAAAAGAAGUAAAAAAUGGUACCAUUCUCAGAGAAAUAUUACGAAUAACAAUACUUAAAAGGGCGUGUAUUUAAUACAAAUGCAGUUUAAAAAUAAAGUUUUAUAUUCAUGUAGCGCCGUGUACCACUUUAUAAAAUCCAGCUGGCGGUGCUCUUUUCUUCUCGACAGAAAGUAUAGUAGAAAAAUCUAAUGACGACAAUUGCGGAAGAAUGUGAACGAUAUAUCCCCUAUAAUACUGAAGAUUUUCUAUAGGGUUUCCAUGCAGUGUUAAAGACCGCAGGUUUUGUAAGUUUUUCAAUUUCACGACAUCGUUGAUAUUCGAUAUAUCAUUACCGUGUAAAUAAACGAUCUUUAGAUUCGGAAAUUUUGUAAUGUCAUCGCCAAUGUUCUUUAAUUCGUUGAAAGAAAGAUCGAUCCAGCUGAGGUACGCAGGGUCAUCGAGAAGUUUCUGUGUAAGAUUCUCAAAUCCGUCCAUCGAAGUUAACGAAUUAUGACUUAUCCAGAACGAACAUGUUACGAACCGAUCUGUAGGAGUUCGUAACGGUAAUUUACCUGUCCGUGCUGCUUGCGGGCGUUUGUCUGCUAAUUCUCUUGGAAUAAAACAAAUGUUAUUAAA